AGCCCCUUUCUUCCUCGAUCCACCUUAGUGCAGGGUAGGGUUCUUGUGACCGCCGCCGACCUUGCGCUCCGAUCUAGCCGUCUGCUACCAGACCUCUACGUCGACACCGCCUCCACCGCAUGGUAGGUGGCAUGGCUUCUCCGCCCCGGACAAACCUUGGCUUCCCUCAACCAGACGAAGGAAUCGAGCUACGAGGACGUCAGAAUUUAGACGAUGACGAACACCAUGUAUCGAUCCCAAUGUGGCGGAGUACAUCUACAAAUGGCGUAAGAGACAGAGUCGCCCCAAUAGCAGCAGAAGAAGAGAAAAUACGUUCAGAUCCACCUGACCGAUGUAACGGCCCGGAAGUCGAGAUCACGGAUGAAGUAGAAGAACCAAAGAGUGAGCAUGGGACACCCAUCGGGCAGAAUGCAACAACAACAGUAGUCGAGGAAGACAACACUGAAGGAUGGAUCAGAAGACAAAGAAACCGCAAGGGGAAAGCCUUCAGGGUUCCGACAGGAGAUUGCGGUGGACACUUGGAGAGAGCACUCAGGGAUGCUGGCAAGGAAGGGAAGAAAGUGUAUUCCAGCCAUGCAAGGGGAUGGAAUUCAACUCCGAGCAGGAGGCAUAUCAAUUCUACAACGCUUAUUCAUGGGAGAUCGGUUUUGGAAUCAGGCAUGGCAACAAGUACAUAAAUAAGCAUGGAUACAAGUCCAAGCAAGACCUUCUAUGCUCCUGCGAGGGUUCUUGCAAAAAAUCAGACACAAAGUCAUCUCGAACCAACUGCCCCGCCAUGGUUAGACUGAACAGAACUGACGACGACAGAUGGUAUUAUGCCAACGUGGUACUAGAGCACAACCACAGAAUGGCUGAUACUGUUGGUGAAAGGAAGACAUUGAAGUGUCACAAGUACGUGGACUCAUCUAUCAAGGAGAUUGUUAGGCACUUGCGUGCUAACAAUGUGUCUCUUACUAAGGUCUAUGGAGUGAUGGCUGAUAUUCAUGGUUCCUACGAAGACGUGCCAUUCCGCAAAAGGUCUCUGAAGUCAAUGUGUUCAUCAAUUGCUCAUGAACACAGUCAAGAUGACAUUAGCAAGACCCUAGCCCUUUUUUCAAGGAUGCAAGCAGAGAACUCUGGAUUCUUUUUUGCAGUCAAAACUGACGAAGAAAGAAGGGUUUCUGGUUUGUUUAGGUGUCACCAAAAGAGUAGGGAGGAUUACAGUUGUUUCGGCGAUGCAGUAAUGUUUGACACAACCUAUAAGAGCAACUUGUACGAGAUGCCGGUUGGUAUGUUCGUCGGCGUCAACAACCACUACCAAUGCUGCAUUUUUGGUUGUGUUUUUCUCCGUGAAGAGACUGUAGAUUCUUUCAAGUGGGCUUUUGAAACUUUCCUAUCUGCAAUGGACAACAAACAGCCUUUGACUAUAUUGACAGACCAAAGCAGGCAAAUGGAGUGUGCUAUCUCUGCCGUCAUGGAUUCUUCGACACACGUCUGGUGUAAAUGGCAUGUGUUGAAGAAGAUGAGGGAGAAAAUUGGUAGUAUGUAUAGGAAUGGUACACCUUUUCGCAAUGACUUCAACAUGCUCAUCAAUGAUAUGAUGACAGAACAGGAGUUUGAAAAGGAGUGGGAGGAAAUAACUCUGCAUUACGGGCUUGAAACAAACUCAUUCAUGAAACAAGUGUAUGAAGUCAGACACAAAUGGGCGAAGCCGUAUCUGAAGGGGAAUUUCUGCGCUAAAAUGUGCAGCACCCAGCGAAGUGAGUGCAUGAAGAAUGUCCUGAAAUCAUAUGUUUCUCCGUCUGCACCAAUCAAUUGCUUUUGGAGGGAUUCGAUCUCUCGGGAGGAGGUCAUCGCUUUUGGAGGGAUUCAAGAUCCGGUGUCCAAGGGGCGCCGGAUGAGUGGACGACUCCAAAGCCAGCCUGACGUGGACGAUAUUCAGCAGCGGUGCGCCAUGAGGGCGGCCAAGCUUCGUGACGUCGAGGUCACUACUGGUAUGUCGGUCAAUACAUCUAAUUCCAUUUUGCAUUUCUCAAAUGAUGAUAUUGUUAAGAAUGCAAAUCAAUUAGGUGUUUCGUUGGGUAGUAAUGACACUGAAAUUUCUAAUUCUGUUAAUGAUCUUUUAGACCUAGAGGCUGAGUGGGCCUUAGAGAUGAUCCGUAAUAUUGCGGCUGUCAAACCUAUGAGUGAUUCUGAGGUUGAUGCGCUCGGGGUGAGGGUGUUAGAUAACUUUUGUGCGGAUCUUAUGCAACCUUCUACUGAUGAGGAUGUUCAGGCUGAGUCUACCGAAAUAGUGUUGGCUAGCCCGUCUGAGACUGGUUGUGAGGACCAGUUGCAGAAUCAAACGAUCCCCAAGCGCAAGUGGAAACGGAAGGUCUACCCGGUUUCCGCUCUGUUUGGCCCUCCAGAAGAGAACUAUGUGUCUCUGGACGAGUCAAGGGUUGAGGAUAUUCCUCAGCUUACUUCGGUGGAGAAUGAUAUUCUUGCGGCUCCUUUCUCGGAGAGUGAGGUGCUCGAGGCCAUCUCGCAAAUGAAGAAUAACAAGGCGCCGGGACCUGAUGCUAAAUUUUGGAAUGAUUGCCCAUCUUCCUAA